AUGUCUGAUCAUUCUGAAUUAGUUGAACGUUUUACCGCGAUUGUCUCCUGUGAUGAGCAACAAGCUCGUUUCUAUUUAGAAGCGAAUAACUGGAAUUUGAGCGCUGCGGUGGGUAAUUAUUAUGAAGAACCACAUGAAGGAAAUGACGUAGAAGGAAAUGCUGAGGGCUCGUCGCAAGUUCCUGCACCUCAUGGCACAGCUUCUGGCUCAACGCAAAAAAAAAAUGGAAUUUUUAUGCAAAAACCCGGCUCAAAGCAGCCAAAAUCAUUAGUUCAUGACAUUCUCAAAAAGGCGACCGAAGGUGGACGUGGAUAUGAAGAACCAGAAACUACACCAUCUCCACGCACUUUCACUGGCACUGGUUACAGACUUGGAAGUGAUGAAGAACCUUCGGUUGAAGUGAAUUCACAACCUUCCACCACUGAACCACCCAGAACGGUUGUCCGUCAUUUGACAUUUUGGAGAGACGGAUUUAGUGUCGAGGAUGGUCCUCUAAUGGCAUAUGACGAUCCGGCAAACGAAGAAUUCCUUAAAGCUAUUAAUAAUGGACGUGCACCUUUGGCCUGGCUAAAUGUAAGAUAUGAUCAGCCAGUGGAUAUUCGUGUGGAACGCAGGUUGGAUGAAGACUAUCAACCACCACCUAAAAAACCAGCCACACCAUUUUCAGGCUCCGGGCAAAGGCUUGGCAGUCCAACUCCCGCAGUUGUAACUAGUAGUACACCUGGUGCAUUUCCUUCAAGUUCUUCAUCAACAAGAGUGGCUGAAUUAAUUAUUGAUGAAACACUGCCAAUAACAUCCAUUCAAAUUCGUUUAGGUGAUGGAACGAGGAUGCUUGCUAGGUUCAAUCAUACUCAUACCGUUUCCGAUGUCCGAAAUUUCAUUAACGCUUCGAGGGUUGGAGAAGCAACACGCAACUACGUUCUACAAACAACAUUUCCAUCCAAGGACCUUAAAGACGAAACACAGACUUUAUCAGAAGCAUCUCUUCUUAAUGCAGUAGUUGUGCAACGAUAUAUUUAA